AUGGUCAACCACGACACCGUCGACCUGCCCGUCAUCGACUUCACAGCCCUCAGCGAAAAGGAUGCAUCGGGCCACCGCACGCCCCUCUCCCUCGACGAGCGCCGUCGACUCUUCACGGCCCUCCGCGACACCGGCUUUGCAUACCUGAAGCACCCCGGGGUAAACCAGGCCACCGUGGACGAGCUCUUCGCGCACUCCCGGCGUUUCUUCGCCAAGCCGCUGGACGAGAAGAUGCAGAUCCUCGGCCAGCUCGACAAGGGCCGCGGCCCCAGCCAGGGCUACUCCAACCCGCUGAAGCUGGCGCACAACCCGCAGACCUCGGACCUGAAGGAGUUCUUUGGCAUGUAUCGCGACGACGACACCGCGAAGCCCAACCAGUGGCUGCCGGACGCCGACUCGCAGGCCAUGCGCGCGGAUCUGGUCCGCUUCUUCGACUCGUGCCACGCGGUCGUCCUCGAGCUGCUGGGCGCCCUCGCCGAGGAGGUCGGGCUCGCCGCCGAGACGCUGCACCCGUUCAUCAGCGAGAAGAACCAUUUCAUCGCCUGUCUGCAUUACCCGGCCACGGAGCCCGAGUCGUUCCGCACGCGGGUCCGCGCCGCGGCCCACACGGACUAUGGAUGUCUGACGCUGUUGUUCAACGACUCGGGCGAGGGCCUGCAGGUGCUGCGCAAUGGCCAGUACGAGUAUGUCCCGCGCAAGGAGGACUGUGCGGUCCUGAACGUCGGCGAUCUGCUCUCCCGCUUCUUCAACGGGGUUCUCCCAUCCACCGUGCACCGGGUCGUGGAGCCCCCGGCCACGCGGAACGGCGCGUCCACCGACCAGGUCCCGGACCGCUACUCGAUUGCCUUCUUCGGGCACUUCAAUCUGGAUCUGCUGGUGAAGCCGCUGGAUGCGCUGGUGUCGGCGGCGAACCCGGCCCGCUUCGAGCCCGUGGUGGCGGGCGAGCAUGUCAAGGCGCGCGUGAAGCAGUUGCAUGUUGCCGGCCACAGUCUGAGGGAGAACGAGAAGACCUCUGCGAGCCGGGCGGCUGUGACGCAGCCGGCUGUUGCGAGUGCGUCUUGA